UUAUCAUCAUUCACACUCUCAUGCAUUUGAGAGCUAUUGCUUCCUACAAUUAUCCUUCUUCCAGAUUAAGGCUGAUUACUUUAGUUUCAAAUUCAAGAUUAUUAGUUAAAUUUAUGCAUGGUGUUGAAGAAAUUAUGCUAUUUUGGGAGAAAAAUGUGCAUCUGCUGUACUUGGCCAUGAAUUUAAUUUGAGGGCUUGGGAGUCAUACUAAUUAAAGCUUUUACAUUUAUAUGGAAAUUAUGCUGUUUUAUCCCAAACUAGUACAUUAGUUCCAUAUCUUCAUUGAAUGCGCCGUUUGCUUUUCUAUGUUGAUUAACAGAUUUAAUAGAAUCCUUGUAUAAAAGUUGUAGGUUUUGAUGCCCUGUUUACAUAGUUUUUCCCUUACCUUGAUCAGUUCAUCAUGUGUGGCCGAGCUCAUCGACUCAGCUAUGGUCUGUUUCGAAGAAGUAUAUCCUUCGUUGUGAGGUCUGAGCAUCUGCCCUCAACUUCAGCUUCUCCAUGCGAAGUUGGACCAGGAAGACGACAAGUCCUGGCCGUGGGGGUGACAAUUGCUCCUUGGUUAUUCAUGUCUCGUCAGGCAGCAACAUUUGCUGCAGAAACAAUGAAGGGAUUCCUGCCCGUCACGGAUAAGAAAGACGGAUAUACUUUCCUGUACGGUGAGGUUGUUGUCGAAGGGCAAGACAAGGUCUACAAAGAUGUUAUCGAGCCUCUUGAAAGCGUCAGCGUGAAUAUAAUCCCCACCGCCAAACAAGAUAUUCGUACUACUUUGUCUUCAGACUACUUCAUUGGUGAAACUCUAAUUCAGAAGGUCUUGGCUUCUCCUACUCAGAAAACAAAGCUGAUUGAGGCAUCAGAGCACGACGUGGAGGGGAAGUCGUAUUACACGUUUGAGUUCAUUGCGCAAGCUCCAAACUACACCCGUCAUGCUUUGAGUACAGUCUGCAUUGACAAUGGAAAGUUCUAUACCGUGACAACAGGAGCGAACGAGAGGAGAUGGGAGAAAAUGAAAGAUAGGCUGAAAACCGUGGUCGAUUCGUUCCAGAUUUUCGAUGUCUGAAGGCGGGAUGUGAGCGUGUGUUGGUUCUUCAUCAUUCUGUUUUGAAUCUCUCCAAAAAUAUGUAUAUCUUGUCAAAUUCUUGAUUUGUUUUUUUUUUUUUUUCUUUUUGAAAUUUUGGGCGAGGGGUUGUCAGAUUGUUGAGUUGAGAUUGAGUUUUCACGAAAAAAGUGUAAUUUAAUUUAGCCAAGAGGUGAUAUAUAUGGCAUUUUUUAGUAAGCAUGUA